CUUUCGGAGCCUCAGUAUCAGAGCAGCCACAAACUGGAGCUUUUGCAGUCGUUUAUUUUUUUUCAAAAGAAGACAAGUGUCAGUAUAAAAGAAGCCACGGAAUAGGGAAUUCAACUAAUCUACCGAAUAAUCUUAUCCCAUCAUGAAGUUUCUUAUUCUUCCUCUGCUAGUUGUGACCCAACUAAACCACAGUGAUUCGUGGAUCAAUACUUUGGUCGUAUACAAUGUGACUUACAACGCAGAAAUGAUUCCCCGAGUGAAUGAGACUCAAGAAUCAGAUCAUAAAAUGUCGUUCAACUUAACGACCCAAUUGAAAUGCCGUCCAGUUGACAUGACACUGAAGGCUCUGCACUGUUAUCUAGAAGACUCCAAAAUGCUUUUGGGAUUUCAUGAUUCUACAAACUCGACAUCUCCACCAAAAGUUAUGACCGGCGAUGCAUUGAUUGAGCCCGCGACCGGGGUACACUUUGAACUGAAGAUGAAUGCUCUGGGUAUCAAGGAAAUGGUAGUUCCUGCGAGCAUAUCACCGCUUAUUCUAGACAAAUUGAGAUACAUUGCAAACCAGCUGCAUUCUGGAAUAGAUAUGGUGGGAAAAACUGAAGGAGUUUAUCAUAAUUGGGAAAACUUUACCACGGGAGAAUGUUUUACUACUUACAACGUUAAACUAAAUGACACUAGAGCAAAACAAUUCAUUACAAAAGAAAAAAAUGGCAAAUACAAAAUGUGGAGUCCCAAUAUGCGCGUCACUAUCAACAAAACCCGGGAUUUGAAAAAUUGUAAAUCUAUUUCGCCGUAUUUCUUUGGCAGCCGUGAAAGCUGGCGCGAAAAUCCAAAAAUGUCUGUUAAUAUUACUUCCUCGCAAAGUUCAGUGAUUGUGGACAGAGGAACAUUUAUAUCAUCAACCCAAACGGCCUUAGAGCUUCACGAGCUGAAAGACUCAAACAGCACAUCCGAGUACAAAAAAAUGAGGGAAAACAUAACAGUUAUAUUUGACUCGAUGAUUAAGGACGAGCAAAAUGUCACGAGCAUUGAAAAUCCAGCUUCCGCGGGAAUAAUAACCGGGCAGUGGCUUUAUGGUGAUGAAUCAUCUGAGGAGAGCAACGAAAGUCCUGAGAGAAAUUCUAAAGAAGACAAAGAUUAAUUAGCUCCAUGUACCCAGUGCUUAAAAAAUUUAUAUACUCUUAAUAUAUAUAUAUAUAUUAAUAGAUAACUGUCUAGCAUGUUUAAAAAUAUUUUUACUAAGUAAGUUUGCAUAAUAAAUUAAAAUAUUGAAUAAAAAUUUAA